GGGGGGGCUGACAUGUCCCCCCGUAAUCGGCCAGAAGUUUGUGCCGAACUCCCCUUGGCUUGCUGACCGACGACGGUGUGCGCUUUGAAGUUUGAUGUAGCCUUUGCCUCUGCUCUAGCUGCUUGCUUCUACCCUGCUGAACGUGAUGACACUUGAGGAAAGGGGAGGCCUCCUUUGAGUUAUUGCUGCAGAGGAGAUUGUCCAGCAUUCCUCAGACCUUCUGUCUUGGGAGAAGCAUUCCUUAUCAUCAACCAGGUCUCUCUAGGUCGCAAGACAGACAGAUGCUUAGAAUUGAGAGUAGUAUUAGUAUCUGAUUUGUAGCAUCGUCCAGCUUAGGCCUCCGUUCCUCAAUGGCCGCCUGUGCAUGCCAGACGGGAAGGCACAAGCUGAAAUGGCAAUAGCAGACCCCAAACUCACAUCCUUUCCUCCCGCAGAAUUGUAGUCUGCUGGUAGAGAGGAACAGACGGUAGAACACACCAACCUGUAGAUCAGCGCUGGACACUCGAGAAGAUGGCUUCUAGGUCAUGCCUCUUUGGCAAGAGCACAAAUUCUGGAGCAGCCUUUUGCAGGAGAGGUUCUUUGAAGUCAAGAGCAGGAAUGUCUCAGAGUCCUCCACUCUUCCCCAGGACAUCGGUGACAGGCGGCGGAACGGCCAAACCUCACAUCGCUACUCAGACUUACUCUUAAGAGAGGACUCUCAAGCAGAGUCCUUCUGGGAUGAGGAGCUGACAAAGAUUCAGGAACAGAAGCUGCAGGUCGUUGAUUCUUUGCGCAACUCAGAAGUGGCGGGGCUUCUUCAUGAUGCUGCCGCCUUCCUUGGAGUACCCCCAGAAGCACUCGCUUCGUCUUGCAUGAAGAGGAGCUUCUUGUCCAAGAGAGCCAUCUUCGGGCUCGCAAUCCUCUUGGCAAUCGUCGCCACGCCCAUGCUGAAACUUCCAGAGGCUGACCCUUCCCCGCUCUCCUUCCUUGGAUCCCUCUUCCAUUUCUUGGGGGACUUUGACCCAAAGGCCGCUGAGAACUCGAGUUCGGCAUCCGGAAACACGGGCAACAGUUUGAAACCUGAGUGAUGCAAGGGACAUAGAUCUGCAAAGUAUACGAUGAUAGACAUGUCAGAGCUCGAGCCAGUUGCUCCGAUCCAAUGGAGCAAAAGUCAGUCCUACUGGACAUUGCUAAGAGAUCAGCUUGAGACUGCCACGGAUGCUGCUUCUGGACAUUUACAUCCGCAUAUUGAUAGGACCAGUCUGGAUCAACUUUACAUGGGAGCAUCAAUGGCUGCUCGAGCACUUUGUUGGCCUUAAAGAGGUGGAACUUGAUGGAGGAAAGCUUGGGCCCAAGUGGAGCGUACAAAUCUCGACACAAGUUGGUGUAUACAACAUUGCAAAACAUGUGCGAGCGCUCAUGUAUAUUGCAUUUAGCUG